GGACAAGCUACAGAGAGGGUGAUAUAAUUGAUCUAUAGUAGAGUGAAAUCGCAGCAUACUGGGGACAAGUUUAUUAGAAUGAGCACAGUGACGCUUUUUGGUCUCUGUUCCAGCAUGGGACUCUGGUCCAGAAUAUCUCCUGCACCUGCCAGCUCUGUCAUGAUACUGUUUCUAGUGAAACAGUAUUUUCACUCACAGGCCAAAGGAUCUCUGCUGAAAAAAACCACUACUGGAUGGAACAAAUAUAAACAAGAAUGCUUGAAAAUGCUUCAGGAAUCAACUGUUGAUACCGGAAUACAUUGUAAUGGGACAUUUGAUCAAUUUGUUUGCUGGCCUCACUCACCCCCAGGAAAUGUCUCUGUUCCUUGUCCUUCAUAUUUGCCAUGGUUGGAAAAUGGAAGUGAAGGAUAUGUAUACAGAGUCUGCUUGGAUGAAGGGAUUUGGCAAACAAAGGAAAACUCCACAGACAUUUGGAGAGAUAGUUCAGAAUGUUCUGAGAAAAAUCAUUUCAAAAAAAAUGAAGAAGAACAUAAAUUACUUACCACAUUACAGUUGUUGUACACUAUAGGAUAUUAUUUUUCUCUCAUCUCACUUGUAUUAGCUCUCCUUAUACUUUCUUUCCUCAGAAAACUUCACUGCACAAGAAACUACAUCCAUAUGAAUUUAUUUGCAUCUUUUAUCCUGCGUGCCAUGGCAGUUCUAAUAAAAGACACCGUAUACUACAACAUUUACUCCAAAAGACCAAAUGACGAAACUGGAUGGAUACUGUAUCUCAGUCCUGAGAUUGUAACCAUUUGCAGGACUGCCCAGUUUUUCAUGCACUACUUUGUUGGGGCAAAUUAUUUUUGGCUGUUAGUAGAAGGAAUUUAUCUGCAUACGUUAUUGAUAACUGUUGUACUCUCUGAAAGACGACUGCUACAGAUGUAUGUUGUGAUAGGAUGGGUUGUUCCUAUCCUGUUUGUGGGCCCUUGGGGAAUAAGCAGAUCAAAGCUGGAGAACACUGGGUGCUGGGGAACAAAUGAACACAUGGGAAUUUGGUGGAUCAUCCGAGGACCAAUGCUAUUUUCCAUAGCAGUUAACUUUGGCAUCUUCUUAAAAAUUCUCAGGAUGCUGAUUUCCAAACUAAAAGCUCAGCAAAUGAGCUUUCAUGACUACAAAUACAGAUUGGCGAGAUCUACACUUGUGCUAAUUCCACUGUUGGGGAUCCAUGAAUUCGCAUUUACCUUCAUCACUGAUGAGCAGGUGGAAGGACUUUCAAGACACAUAAGACUUUUCAUUCAGCUGACAAUGAGCUCAUUUCAUGGGUUCUUUGUAGCAGUUUUAUAUUGCUUUGCUAAUGGAGAGGUGAAGGCAGAACUACAGAAGCAGUGGUCCCGCUUCCUCCUGGCAGAUCCUUUUGGCUGUAAACUCUGCUUUCUUGGGGAAAACAUAAAAUACCUCAGGAAGUGUUCACAGAAACAAAAGAAACAGCACCUCGGCAACAAACACCACUUGCGCCUGGAGGCAAGAGAGCCCUGGAGCAUGCAGCUCCAGCAGGUGCUAGUGAAGCAGAGGACAAAUCUCAGCACAGAACCAGGCUGUGCUCUCCCAUCUUGUCCACGGGCAAGCGUGUCAGACAGUAGCGAAGGAGAAAUCACCACUGGAGAGACAACUGAGGAAGUCUUUGAAGAAAGUGAGAUUUAGAAAUCUGUCCACUAGGAUAGCACCUUCGAACAGGCACAGUAUUUUGAAAGAUCUUCUCAUAUCUUUAGACUGCACAGAUCUCUGUGGGGUGGAAUGCAAGGAGGAACCAGUUAAUAUCACAAUUGUCCCAGUUUUUUUGAUGUGAGAAAAAUGUUGAUCUGGAUGUUGCUAACCUGUGUGGCUGGGAUAGAAGAGGUUUGCUGGGUCAAAAAAUGCUUUGAGGUGACCAGUCUGGAAGAUAACUGGGGCUCAAAGAGAUGUACACAGGGGAGCAUGAUAUAUUCUGGAAAUGAGUAAACUCUGGACAUACACGUUGUGUCCCAGCAGCUUCAUCCAUGCUUGACUGCCUUUCUAUUCACAUGACAGAGAAGUUGUUUGUUUUCUCUUUCAUAGGUGUGUUUCAUAAAUAGAGAUAUAUGUGUAGAAGACUCUUCUCUCCACAGAAUGAAAUCAUCCCAUAUCUCAAAAAAACAGUUUCAGGGCAAACCAGACAUGUUUAAGCAAAAUGAAAAGAUUUAUAUAUAUUAAAUAAAAAAAUAAAAAAAAACAAACAAAAUUUCUUCUUGGGAAGAAAACAAAGUUUUACUUGCAUUUUUAAUCAUCUUCUCUUGAAAUUUAGUUCUAGAAAUACCACUAUGAAUGAAAGACCAAAAUGUUUUCUUUUGAAAGUACCCAAAAUUUUUUUGUUUGUUUCAUACAAUUGAUACAAUUUUUGUUUGCUCAUUUAUGUUUUCACUGCUUUUUGACAUAAGCCACAUAUUUUGAUGCACCCACAGGUUUGCCCUACCCACAGGCCCAAAUGACAAACUAGAUCAGUGCUGCUUUCACCUUUUACCCAGGGGACCCGGAGUGGAUAAUGCCAUGGGAUUGCAACAGCACCAAAAGAAUCUUGUGAAAUCCUUCUUCCAGAAAGAACCAUGAUGAAAUUUUGACACAUAGAGUUCACCCAGAGACCUAUGAAAUUCGAUUAAGUUUGUUAAUGUUUGAUGAGCUAAUUUCCAAACUUGAGAACAUGAGCCAAUUGGUAUAUUGAAAGGAAAAAAGAAAAAGGCAACAGAAAUAUUAGUGGGCAAUGUUUAUCUACAGUAUAAACAUAUAUCCCAGGCACACACAUAUGUAACUCUCUAGUCUGCAGCUAGUUACAUAACAUUUGUUACUAAUUUUUCCUGUACAUUACUGGCAAAUACUAUAAAUGCCUGCAAAUGUAAUAAAACAUAUCCUGGGCGACUGGCCCUAGGUAGCCCUGCUUGAGUAGGAGGGUUGGACCAGGUGGCCUCCACAAGGCCCUUCCAACCUUAACCAGUCUGUGAUUCUGUGGAGGCAUUGUAUGUCAAAUAAAUAAUUUUCAGGGCUACUCAUGGACUUUAUUCAUGCAUCUUCUCUCCGCCAGGUGCCAACACUGUGGAUGCCCUUCUGGCCUUUCCUGCUUCUACAUCUCCCCAUGGGGUGGCUUUGUCCUUGGACCCCUGCUGCCAGCUUUACAGCUGCAAAUGGCACUUGAGA